AGCUAUGUUAUGUUACACGAGAUAUAAAACAUACUUCAAGGCCUUUCAUUCAUGAUAAAGUGUACAGUUACAUAGGUAUUUGAUUGCCGCUAGGGCACCUAAAUACAACAGGGUAUUCCCUCCCAUCGCUAGGUUCCCAUCGAUGGGUAGAAGUUCCCAUCGCUGGGUAAAGGCAUUAUGCCUUUUGUUAAUGUUGGACCAAGGCUUGAACAGCGAUGGGUGGAACUUCCCAUCGUUGUUUGGCAUGGUUCUGGAGUCCAGCUGAGCUAAAGGCUGCUUACCUGUCGAUGGGUAAUAUCUCCCAUGGCUGGUACGAAAAUGUGAUAAACCCGUGUUUCAACACGGACGCCUCGUCUACCGCCCACGAUCACCUCCUCAAGUACCCAUUCUUGGUGAUGGACAUCCUUGAACGGUUCAAGGUUACCACCACCAUUGGCCCACUCACCAAGGCCACGAAGCUUUGGACGAUUAGUGCCCAAACCUUCACGAAGCGGUCGGACAACGCCGCACCUGCCACUGCCGCACCAUGCCGCACUGCCGAUGGCCCAGUCGAACCCCAGGCCCGGGCCAACCUUGCCUCCAUCGCCGACUCCCUCAACUGGCUGAACUUCAAAGUCGAUGGGGUGGGCGGGUACCUUGAAUGGCUCGACGAGGCUGUUCAAAGCCAAGGUGAAGAAGGCGAAGACGAUGGCUCGUACGCCCCGUCAAGCUCCCCGGACGAGGAUGAGUUCGACGAUGCCAUUGAUGUUGAUGAGAUGGACGUCGAUGACGAUGAGGAGGAAACUGAAGAUGAAGACUAGGCCGCCCCUAGAUAAGGGGGAAGAAAAGGGCUAUGCAUAU